AAAUGUGCAUACUCCCUGAACCUCUGCUUCUCUUAAAUACUAAAGUAUAUUGUGUACGUUGAAGUGGAUUUUGAGAACAGUUGUAGGUAAUUCCUUUUUUCUGUCUGUCAUUCUAUUGUUUUAUUAUUCUGUUUCUUUCUUUUACAUGUUUGCUCUGAAGGCAUAUCAUUAAUUGGCCACAUGAAAUUUAACACAGUUGUUGACUUUGAUUGACAGUGUAAUCAACCUAUGACACUCGUAUAGUAGAGGGGUGACCUUAAUUCACUUCACUCAUGCUUUAUGACAGAUGUCAGUUGCAAGACUCGUAUCACAUAUUAGGGUUCAGUCAAGAUGACAGGUAUAAAACCACAUCCAGACACAAACGUAUUCACAUUCAUCUAUUUUAUGAAUAUCCUCCAUGACUCUUUUUCUGUCCUCUUAUGCUUCCCAUCACUCUCGCUGGUAAAUGUUUUGUAUAUCUGCCCAGAGGACAAACCAUAAGUCAAAGCCGUGCUGUUUUCACUGCUGGAGUAAUCCUGAUAUUUUUACUGCUGACCUCCAGUUUAGAAAUCAUCCAACAUUUAAAAACACUUGUUGAUAUUACUUUAGAGUUCAUGACUUUGCCUUGGUUCCCUGAGUAGGGAACGAGACACCGCAUCCUCUAGGGGUCGCUAUGGGGAAUAACACCAAUAUUAUGUUGGCCAGUGACAGACCAUGACGUCACUACCGGUGGGACUAUAGUAUAAUAGGCGUCGGGAGAUCAUGUAAUCCACUUCAUCUGACGCUUGUGUCCGAAGCAUUGCAGGAAGGAUGCAGUGACUCGUUCCCUACUCAGGGAACCAUGAUUACAUAAGUAACCUGAGACAUUCCCUUUCAAGGGUACUUCAAACUACAUCAUCUAGUGGUCACUAUAGGGAAUGGUAUACCCAUGUCACCAUGCUGAGGGAAGUGCAGGCCAGAACCAUGGUGAGCACUAAGUACCAACUCUACCAUCUACAUGGGAAUUGCCCCUGGGAUGUUAGAUGGCUGUCUGUGACAUUACCCCAUACGGCCAAAAGCCUAGGCUACAUACCUAAACGUACCUGUUAGGGCCAGACUCCUGGGCCCGGGGUAGCGCUCAAGGCUUGGAAUCAAGAAUAGAUCCCUUUUAGGGCAUACCACCAAGACCUUAGCAUCAUACUAAGUCUUGGUCUAUCACACAGGGGUUACCGCUUGCUCUCGCAUAAGCUUGCUGAUGGAAUUGUCUCAACACAUCCCUAGUAGCAACACCCUGUUUAAAUAGGUGUCCUGAGGAUACAUAGGUAGAGUGGUGCCCAAGAUGAAUGGGGCUUUUACCAGCUCCUAAAAGGGUACGAAGCAACUGCUUCAAUAAAGGAAGAGCAUGCUCUCAAGCACUGCUAAUACUACCACAAGAACAGCACAUGGAGCGAGGAAUCUGGAAACUCAGAGCAAGGGAAUGAAGCUAAUAUGCGUAACCCUUACCUCACAGGAUUUUGGAAAGUGUGCAGAGUCUUGCGUGCACACUCACUACUUAUGUGGAUCUUAGAAAGUGCACAAAAUGUUCAACAUGCACACUUACCACCAUCUGGAUUUCAGAAAGUACACAGAGCUUAGUGUGUGUACUUAAAGCUUCCCAAGCAUCUGUUUAUAGAUGGUACUGAACUGAACAAGAUGCAAGUUCAAAUACAACCCUCUGCGAGGGGAGCACUGCCUGAGACAGAAUUACACAAGAAAGUUAUAGUAAAUGCUACCUAUACAAAAUUUGCCUAUAUAAAUUUUGCAAUGCCGUGCUGGGAGCCUGAUGAUCAAGGCGGCUCCUGCAGAAGCCUAUGACCUGGCCGCAUGUUUCAGAAAGCAUGAAGCCAGAACCAGGGCUAUCAUACCGUCUGGACACAAUUUCGAUGAGUGAAGUAAAACUGCAAGUUUUGCACCCGGUUACUGAAUCCAGCAAGGGGAGGUGCUCACAGAGGACCUACUUUAAAGGACAGAGAUCCAUAGGUCCCGGAAAAACACUGCAAAGCAAUCUCACAGAACGAUUAUUUAGACAUUACCACCAGCACAUACAGACAUACCUUGAACACUUUGGUGAGAUUAGCUCAAGUUGUUCACAAAGACAAUGCACCAGGCAGGUAGGAAACAUGGCUAGAAGACAGCUGCAGUGCAACAAUCCUCAAUGAAGCAUCCCUUCCUAACUUUAAUUUCAUGAGGGUCUACAGGACUGUUAGGAAAGGUGGAGGUGUAGCUGCUCUCUUUAAAGAUGUUUAUCAAUGCAAGCAAUCGUCAUUUGUUCAGUACUUUUCUUUGAAAUACUAGGGAUUGUGCUGAAAGGAGCACCACGCAUUCAGUUGAGCAUUUACAGGUCUCCAAAAUACCCUCCAGAGGUCACAGAAAUAUUAUCAAUGAUUUCUUCAGAGUUUGACUGUUUUGCUAUUGGGUGGGAUUUUAAUAUUCACAUAGACAAUGCAGAAAACAAAACUACAAAAGAAAUGAUAAUGGUCCUAAACACUUUUUACCUGAUUCAGCAUGUGCAUGGACCCACACACAAAGGUGGACACACUCUACAUCUAAUCAUCAGUAGGGGUCUGAACAUUUCAUCCAUUGUUAUUAAGGACGUAGCACUAUCUAAUGUAUUCUGUAUUUUCUGUAUUUUAUUUAAUAAAUUGAUCUCUGCUACCAUUGAAUCUAGAUCUGUCUCUGUCAGAAGAUGAAUCAACAAGAACACUAGUGUACUAUUUAUGGAGGCUAUAUCUUUAACACCAAGCAUUUCUGCAGACUCUGUUGUUAGUCUCCUUGAUUUCUUUAACUCAAGUAAAAAAUGUUAUUGGUGAUAAUGCUCCAAUAAUAGUCAGUAAGAAAACAAACAGACAGAAAUCAGUUUGGAGAAAAAUCAAUGGCAGUUCAAACUUUGAAAAGACAAUGCAGAAAAGCUGAGCGGAUGUGGCGGAAGAUGAAAUUUGAAAUUCACUAUAGCAUCUUUAAAGACAGCCUUUAUGCUUUUCAUGUGAAACUAGCCACAGCUAGACAAAAUUUCUUCUCAAACCUUAUAAACAGUAACUUAAACAACACUCAUACUCUUUUUGCCACUGUUGAGAGACAUUUUCAGACUAUUCAUGACUCCACUGAGCUUCCGGUUACAUUAUUUUAAAUGAGUCUACCCCCCAAAAUUACUGUUAUAAUCAUGAGCCAAGUCCAAAAGGUAAAGGGGGAGAUGUUGCUUCAAUUUAUAACAGUGUUUUCAGGAUUUCUCAAAGGGCAGGCUUCAAGUAUAACUCUUUUGAAGUAAUGGUGCUUCAUAUAACAUUAUCCAGAGAAACAAAUUAUAAAUCCACUGUGAUGUUUGUACUGGCUACUGUAUAAUGGUUGCUCUGCAUAUUUGGUAAAUAUACUCCAGGUAGUCCAAAAUGCAGCAGCUAGAGUUCUUACUAGAACAAGAAAGUAUGACAAUAUUAGCCCUUUUCUGUCCACACUGCACUGGCUCCCUAUUAAACAUUGUAUAGAUUUGAGAUUUUUUAUCUUGCUUAUUACUUAUGAAGCUCUGAAUGGUUUAGGACCUCAGUAUUUAAAUGAGCUCUUGUUAAAUUAUAAUCACCUACGUCCGCUGCGUUCUCAAAACUCAGGCAAUUUGAUAAUACCUAGAAUAUCAAAAUCCACUGCGGGCGGCAGAUCCUUUUCUUAUUUGGUGCCUAAACUCUGGAAUAACCUACCUAACAUUGUUCAGGAGGCAGACACAUUCUUGCAGUUUAAAUCUAGAUUAAAUACCCAUCUUCUUUAACCUGGCUUACACAUUACACACUAAUAUGCUUCUAAUAUCCAAAUCCGUAAACCGGAACUGGGACACUUCCCAUAACACCUUAUGUACUUGCUACAUCAUUAGAAGAAUGGCAUCUACACUAAUAUUAGUCUGUUUCCCUCUUAUUCCGAGGUCACCCUAGCCACCAAGAUCCAGUCUGUAUUAAAGUCAGAGGGUCACUGCAGCCAUCCGGAUCCAGUACGUAUUGAGCUCAGAUGGUGGAUCAGCACCUAGAAAGGACCUCUACAGCCCUGAAAGACAGAGGAGACCAGGACAACUAGAGCCCCAGAUACAGAUCCCCUGUAAAGACCUUGUCUCAGAGGAGCACCGGGACAAGACCAAAGGAAACAGAUGAUUCUUCUGCCAAUUUGACUUGGCUGCGACCUGUAAUUGAACUGCUGGUUUCGUCUGGUCAGAGGAGAACUGCCCCCCCAACUGAGCCUGGUUUCUCCCAAGGUUUUUCCUCCAUUCUGUCACCGAUGGAGUUUUGGUUCCUUGCCCUGUCGCCUCUGGUUUCCUUGGUUGGGUUUUCCACAAGUUCAUCAAACAACCGCAGUAAGAAUAUUUCAUCAAGCACGGUUAGUAAUGGCUUCUCCUACAAUUGUUAUUUGCACCUCUUGCCACAUGUACAGUUUAUCUAUCUCUGUCGCUGAUGAGGGAUUCACAUGUGAUAAAUGCAGGGAAACAGUUAGGCUGACAGAGAAGAUUUCAGAAUUAGAGACACUCAAACUUUAAUUGAGGACAGUAAGAAUGUUAGGGCUCUAGAUAUGGCUUUGGAUGCGUCUAGCUCAGGGAUUCCUGUACAUUGUCCGGUUCCAGCAGAGCCCCUGCAGCAGGGCAACUGGGUGACGGUGAGGCAGCGUAGUCGUGGGUCAAAACACCGCUCUUCUGUUCCGAUCAAAACAUUAAACAGGUUCUCCCCACUCAGUGAUGCACCCACUGAGAAACCUGAUGAAAGUGCUCUAGUUAUUGGCGAUUCUAUUGUACGGAACGUGAAUAUAGAGACACCAGCCACCAUAGUCAAAUGUUUACCGGGAGCCAGAGCGCCUGACAUCUUGGCAAAUUUAAAAGUGCUGGCUAAUGCUAAACGUAAAUACAGUAAGAUUGUUAUUCAUGCCGGCGCUAAUGAUGUUCGACUUCGCCAGUCGGAGAUCACUAAAAAUAACUUUAAAGAGGUGUGUGAACUUGCAAGCACGAUGUCAGACACUGUAAUAUGCUCUGGUCCCCUCCCUGCUUACCGUGGUGACGAGAUGCAUAGCAGAUUGUCAUCACUCAAUGGCUGGAUGUCUAAGUGGUGCCCACAGAAUAACAUAGGUUAUAUAGACAAUUGGACGAGCUUUUGGGGCAGACCUGACCUGUUUAAAAGAGAUGGUCUUCAUCCCUCCUGGGGUGGCGCCACUCUUCUGUCUAGAAAUAUGGCAAAUAGUCUUAGUGUUUAUACUUGACUAACUGGGGCCCAGGUCAGGAAGCAGACAGACUGGCUAAACCGACCGUCUGCUAGCUGCCUCCCGUCACAGAGGUCAGUUAAUUCUCAGCACAUAGAGACUCUUUCACCUAGAUAUCACACUAUAGAGACUGUGUCUGUUCCACGAACUAGAAAAUACAAAAAACGUCCAAACCAAGUUAAGGUUAACAAUUUAAUUGAGGUUCAACAAAUAAAAAACAAAUGCAAUAUGGAUAAACAAAUGAUAAAGAUUGGCUUAUUGAAUAUCAGAUCCAUUUCUACGAAAACACUUUUUGUAAAUAAUAUGAUAACUGAUCAUAAUAUAGAUGUGCUCUGCUUGACAGAAACCUGGCUAAAACCUGAUGAUUACAUUAUUUUAAAUGAGUCCACCCCCCAAGAUUAUUGUUAUAAACACGAGCCGCGUCUAAAAGGCAAAGGGGGAGGAGUUGCUUCAAUUUAUAAUAACGUUUUCAGGAUUUCUCAGAGGGCAGGCUUCAAGUAUAACUCGUUUGAAGUAAUGGUGCUUCAUAUAACAUUAUCCAGAGAAACCAAUGUUAAUGAUAAAUCCCCUGUUAUGUUUGUACUGGCUACUGUAUACAGGCCACCAGGGCACCAUACAGACUUUAUUAAAGAGUUUGGUGAUUUUACAUCCGAGUUAGUUCUGGCUGCAGAUAAAGUCUUAAUAGUUGGUGAUUUUAAUAUCCAUGUCGAUAAUGAAAAAGAUGCAUUGGGAUCAGCAUUUAUAGACAUUCUGAACUCUAUUGGUGUUAGACAACACGUUUCAGGACCUACUCAUUGUCGAAAUCAUACUCUAGAUUUAAUACUGUCACAUGGAAUUGAUGUUGAUAGUGUUGAAAUUAUUCAGCCAAGUGAUGAUAUCUCAGAUCAUUAUUUAGUUCUGUGUAAACUUCAUAUGGCCAAAAUUGUAAAUUCUACUUCUUGUUACAAGUAUCGAAGAACCAUCACUUCUACCACAAAAGACUGCUUUUUAAGUUAUCUUCCUGAUGUAUCCGAAUUCCUUAGCAUAUCCAAAACCUCAGAACAACUUGAUGAUGUAACAGAAACUAUGGACUCUCUCUUUUCUAGCACUUUAAAUACAGUUGCUCCUUUACGCUUAAGAAAGGUUAAGGAAAACAGUUUGACACCAUGGUAUAAUGAGCAUACUCGCACCCUAAAGAGAGCAGCCCGAAAAAUGGAGCGCAGCUGGAGGAAAACAAAACUAGAGGUAUUUCGUAUUGCUUGGCGGGAAAGUAGCAUAUCCUACAGAAAAGCAUUAAAAACUGCUAGAUCUGAUUACUUUUCUUCUCUUUUAGAAGAAAACAAACAUAACCCCAGGUAUUUAUUCAAUACAGUGGCUAAAUUAACGAAAAAUAAAGCCUCAACAAGUGUUGACAUUUCCCAACACCACAGCAGUAAUGACUUUAUGAACUACUUUACUUCUAAAAUCGAUACUAUUAGAGAUAAAAUUGCAACCAUUCAGCAGUCAGCUACAGUUUCGCAUCAGACAGUGCACUAUAGACCCCCUGAGGAACAGUUCCACUCAUUCUCUACUAUAGGAGAGGAAUAAUUGUAUAAACUUUGUAAAUCAUCUAAACUUACAACAUGUAUGUUAGACCCUAUACCAUCUAAGCUCUUAAAAGAGGUGCUUCCAGAAGUCAUAGGUCCUCUUCUGACUAUUAUUAAUUCCUCAUUGUCAUUAGGAUAUGUCCCCAAAACCUUCAAACUGGCUGUUAUUAAGCCUCUCAUAAAAAAGCCACAACUUGACCCCAGAGAACUAGUUAAUUAUAGACCAAUCUCGAAUCUCCCUUUUCUGUCCAAGAUACUAGAAAAGGUGGUAUCCUCACAAUUAUAUUCCUUCUUAGAGAAAAAUGGUAUAUGUGAGGAUUUCCAGUCAGGAU